CGCUAUAUUUUAUGUUAAACUCUGAGGUGUUCAUGGGUCUUGCUCGCACUGAAUUGUGGAGUUGACAAUCAGUUUCGAGUCGGCAUAAAUAAAGCGGCUGCGAAUUUGUGACGAACGAUCCAGAGUAGCCGCUGGACUUUGUUUUAGCGGCUAACCCCACAUUCGUCAACCAAACCGGAGUGACCCGGUGACAGUAUGGAGUGCACGUACCGCUGUCGUGCCUUUGGGUUUUAGCCGCGAUUUGCCGACUGUUGUUCAACUGUUCAGCUAGCCAGCAGCUAACGCGGGCUAAUGACAAAAGCUUUUCUGUGUUAAAGUACAAACCACGAUAGGAAAUGAACAGUCGACUUCAAGAAAUCCGUGAGCGACAGAAACUUCGGCGUCAGCUUUUAGCUCAACAGUUGGGAGCUGAAAACCCAGACAGCAUUGGUGCUGUCCUAAAUAGCAAAGAUGAGCUUAAAGAGAUAGAAGAUGCAAGAGAAACAUGCAGAGCUUCAUUUGACAGUUCAGUCCCACCCUGCAAACGGAAGGCACAGACUGAAGGAGAGGACACAGAGGAAGACGUGGAAGAACAAAAGGAUGAAGUAGAGGUGCAGCAGCCAGAAGAAAGCAACCCAUAUGAAGAAAUUUAUAAGGACUCAAGUACGUUCCUUAAGGGUACCCAGAGUCUGAACCCUCACAAUGACUACUGCCAGCACUUUGUUGACACAGGGCAUAGACCACAAAACUUCAUCAGAGAUGUUGGUUUGGCUGAUCGCUUUGAAGAAUACCCUAAACUUCGGGAGCUGAUCAGACUGAAGGAUGAACUCAUCUCCAGCACCAACACACCUCCCAUGUACCUCCAGGCUGACCUUGACCAUUUUGACCUGCGGGAUUUGAAGUGCAAGUUUGAUGUCAUUUUGCUUGAGCCUCCUCUAGAAGAAUAUUACAGAGAAUCAGGCAUCAGCCACACUGAACGCUUCUGGACCUGGGAUGACAUCAUGAAACUGGAAAUUGACGAGAUGUCAGACCUGCGUUCCUUCGUCUUUCUCUGGUGUGGCUCUGGGGAAGGACUAGACCUGGGCAGAAUGUGUUUGAGGAAGUGGGGCUUUAGACGGUGUGAGGACAUCUGCUGGAUCAAGACCAACAAAAACAAUCCAGGCAAAACCAAGGCACUGGACCCAAAGGCAGUGUUUCAGAGGACGAAGGAGCAUUGCCUGAUGGGAAUUAAAGGAACAGUACGUAGGAGCAUCGAUGGUGACUUCAUCCAUGCUAAUGUGGACAUUGACUUGAUCAUCACUGAGGAGCCUGAAAUGGGAAAUGUGGAGAAGCCUGUUGAGAUUUUCCACAUCAUUGAACAUUUCUGUUUGGGCCGUCGAAGGUUGCACCUCUUUGGACGAGACUCGACCAUCAGACCGGGCUGGCUGACUGUUGGUCCAAAUCUGACAAACAGUAAUUUUAACCCAGAGACGUAUGCCUUGCAUUUUACGUCACCUAACUCCUACUUGUCUGGCUGCACUGAGGAAAUAGAGAGGCUACGGCCCAAAUCGCCUCCUGUUAAACUGCCAUCAGACCGUGGUGGUGGUGCACCCAGAGGGGGACGAGGUGUGCCAAAUGCAGGCAGAGGUGGCGACAGAGGCCGUGAACGAAAUCGACCAAAUUUUCGUGGGGAUAGAGGAGGUUUCAGGGGCAGAGGAGGGCCACACCGGGGUUUCCAGCCUCGCUAGGGGAAACCAUUAGUGUUAACUACACUGAAUACUUAGAACAUGGUAGUUUGGUUGGACAAAUUAACAGGUGGAUUCCAUUU